AAACAUGCACACAUACCUACUUGAAUGCACCACAACCCAUACUCCACACACACAAACUACAAAGCGAGGACAUUCAGAGCGGUCGACAAAAGAGAAAGAAGAAAGAAACAAACCUUCUCCCUGCAAUCACAAACAACGAAACCGAAGUAUGCCGUGAACAGACGACUCUUCCGAGAGCCUACAAACCCCAGGGUUCCUCGCGCGGCGGCAGCAGCCGCGGUGUUUGGCUCCAGUCUGCCAGCAACCGCGUGACGGUAAGACACGUUGAGCACGAGACAGUCCGUACCUCCUGCUCUGCCUCCUGCCUCCUCCACACCUCAGGAUGCCCCGACCCGCGGAGUAGCAGCCAUGGCGGUCCACGCUGUCCACUGCACCCUGAGCCAGAAUGGCGUUGAGCACCGGCUGUCCCCGGAGGAUGUGAUGUCACAGCUGGAGGAAGAGGAGGAGUCCGUGGACGAGGGGCCGCUGACCCUGGGCGGCGGCGGUGGCGAAGACCCCCGGUACGAGGGCCACCACGGUUACCACGGUUACCACGACCUCAGCCCCAGCGGGUACAGCCAGCGCCACGCCCCCCCACAGCGAUCGGUGUCCGAGUCGGAGCUCUCCAGGUCGGGCUUCGUGAAGCUGUCCAAGCCGGUGGCGCUGUGGACCCAGCAGGACGUGUGCAAGUGGCUGAAGAAGCACUGUCCCAACCAGCACCAGAUCUACAACGACUCCUUCAGGCAGCACGACAUCACAGGGCGGGCUCUGAUGCGUUUGACGGACAGGAAGCUGGAGCGAAUGGGCAUCAUGCAGGAGGCCCAGCGGCAGCACAUCCUGCAGCAGGUCCUGCAGCUCCGCGUCCGCGAGGAGGUCCGCACCCUGCAGCUCCUCACCCAGGGUAGGAACCCCUCCACCCCCCCUCACACCUCACGCCUCCGCACCGAGCAGCAAGGCAUCAUGGGUCGGUGA